AUGUCAAUUGCUCAGAUGCCUCAGCAGGAGACGUCCCCGCUCAAGACUUAUUUUGACGAGCUAGAAGAGACCAACGGUGAUGACGAAUGCAGGGCUUGGAUAAGUAAAGCUUUUGACUUAAAAGCUGAACUCGCAAUUUUUGUCGCUGGGCGCCGGGAAGGAGGAGGAACCGGAAAAUUUGUUGGUUAUCUUAAAGGUUCCUUUAACUUAAGCUUCCACUUCAGCUUCAGCGAUGAGCGGCCGGAUGUCAUUAUUCGAUUUCCGAAGCCCGGGCAUACGGCUACAGCUUAUAGGGACGAAAAAGUUGUGAAUGAGGUCCGGAUCAUGGAAUAUCUCCGCCAAAACACUGAUAUCCCAAUCCCCCGUGUUCACAGCUGGGGCCUCAUUGCUGAGAGUCCACAACAACUUGGCCCAUUCAUCAUCAUGGAUUAUGUCAACGGUACACUUUUAUCAACUAUCUUGAAAGAUCCCGAUCAAGGAAGUCUGGUUCUGAACCCAAAAAUCGACAACAACAUAUUAGACAACAUCUAUUAUCAACUCGCCUAUUAUAUGUUCCAGCUUUCUCAACUUACGUUUACUCGGAUAGGGGCCAUCUCGAAGGACCAUGCUUCAAGUGCAUGGCACGUUACCGGAAGACCCCUUACAUACAACAUGAACGAGUUAGCCAGUGUCGCCGCCUACCCUGAUGACCAAUUCGCAACCGCGCCGUUUGACCGUGCAAGCGAUUAUCUGGGAUCGGUCGCGAACGAGCACUUGGUUCACCUUUGGACCCAGCGCAACCUCGCCGACGAUCCGGAAAUCGCUCAGAAGCGGUUCAUUGCCCGUCAUCGGUUCGCCCAGCUGAUUCCAAAAUACUAUCCUGAGAAUUGCGGUCCAUUUAUACCCUUCUGCGACGACAUGCGACCCUCAAAUAUGCUUAUAGAUCCAGAAACACUCCAGAUCACUGCCGUUCUCGAUUUCGAGUUCACGAAUGCCAUGCCAGCUGAGUUUACGUAUGACCCGCCCUGGUGGCUGUUGCUUUCUGGACCGGAGAUGUGGCUUGAGCGCUGCGCGAUGGAAGAGUUUUUGACUCUAUAUGAGCCCAAGAUGGAGCAAUUCUUGCGAGCUUUAGAGCGAGUGGAAAUUCAAAUGGCAUCAGAGGUCAAACAGCCCGGUCAACCGUCUCUCUCUUCCCGGAUGCGCGAUUCUUGGAGGACUAGGCGAUUUUGGUUUGACUAUGCGGCAAGGAAGAGCUUCGAUGUGGACACCGUCUACUGGGCUACAUUACAUGACGACGGUCUGGGUGUUGAGUUGCUUGACGAUAAGACGCGUGCAGAGAUGGAGUCAUUUACGCAGAUUAAGAUGGAACAGUUGAAGGCAUACAAGGAGGAGUGUACUGUUCGUUUUUCCUCGCACGUAGAUGAAGAGGAAAUGUAA